UUAUUGCUGCAGCUCAACAGCAGUAACAGACUGAAAGAGAAUUUAUUGAAAGAGAAAAGAGAGACGCCGAGGACUGGAAAGAGGAGGGGAGCGAGACAGAGUAGAAUAGACAAGACUGUCUGCAAAGAUCCCAAAGGGUGUGGGGAGGGGAGUUCUUUCUUUUUUUUUUUUUUUUCAGCGCAUCAAGCCUCGGCUACCAUCAAGAAAGCAAGGAGUCCCAAACCCCCCAGAGAGACAUCCACACCUUCACACAGAGCCCUGCCUGCCUGCCUGCACCACUGAGCCUCAUUCCCCGCGAUCCUCGAGGACCUCUGCCUCAAACCAAGCGAGCAAAGCACGGCGGACGGAAGGAAAGAAAGGAUUGCGAUUCCUCUGAGCUACAUUUGCAUACACACGGCUGAUCUGUGUAUAUCUGCGUGUGUCUGUCAGAAUGAAGGAUUAUAAGGAGCUGGGAGGGGGAGGCCCGCGGAUCUGGGCACUGGUUCUGCUGCAGGUUCUGGUCCUGUGUGUGAGUCGGACCCAGGCUGCCCUUCAAAUACCCCUGGACUACAAACAGGAGAACUUGAUGACCCCCCCUGUGAUCACAGAGCAGUCUCCUAGGACUCUCAUAGUCUACUCCAGCGAUGAGAUCAUACUGAAGUGUGAGGCUACUGGACAACCACAGCCCACGAUUCGCUGGACGAAGGAUGGUCAGUUCUUUGACCCCAAGGCUGACCCCCACAUCGUGACCUGCGCUGGUUCCGGAACCUUCUCCAUUGUCUCCAACGGCAACAGUGGCUCAUCCUUCCGAAAGUACCAUGGGGACUACCGCUGCUACGCAGCCAACGAGCUUGGAACCGCUGUGUCUGCGGAGACCAGACUCAUCACUGAGAGCCCCCCGAAGUGGCAGAAGGAGACGAUCACCCCGUUCGAGGCAGAGGUAGGGGAGAGCGUGGUGCUCCCCUGCAACCCCCCGGUCAGCACGACAACCCCCAGAAUCUACUGGAUGGACAUGAGUCUGAAGCACAUCACACAGAGUCCGCGGGUGACUCAGGGUCGCAGCGGGAGCCUGUACUUCUCCAACGUGGAGAAGAGCGACACCAAGAACGACUACAUGUGUCACGCGCACUUCAUCGGAGCGCGCACCAUCGUGCAGAAAGAGCCCAUCGAGCUGCGCGUGCGAGACUCGAACUCGGUGAAGAACCGCAGGCCCCAUCUCCUUAUGCCUCAAGGAGAGAGGAGUUCGUAUCUGGCAUUGAGAGGACACAGCCUGGAGCUGGAGUGCAUCGCAGAGGGGCUCCCGACCCCUGAGAUAGCCUGGAUGCGGAGGGAGGGGGUGAUGCCGGAGGGGAGAGUGAUCCUGGAGAAUUUCAACAAGCUGCUGAGAAUCGAGAACAUCACCGAGUCGGACGAUGGAGAGUACCAGUGUACUGUGAGCAAUGAGGAGGGUAGAGAGAGACACAUCUACACCGUCUCUGUGGAGGCGGCCCCAUACUGGGUGAGGCAGCCGGAGAGUGGGGUGUACGGGCCGGGCGAGACAGUGCGGCUGGACUGUGACGUGGCAGGGAAACCCAAACCCAGCGUGGUCUGGAAGAUCAACGGGGAGCCCCUGACAGACACAGACUCAGAUCUCAGUCACAGUGUGAAGGGCAGUUCUCUGAUUCUCCACAGCGUGCAGUCGAGAGACACGAGUGUGUUCCAGUGUGAGGCGAACAACACUCAUGGGACCAUCCUCGCUAAUGCCUACGUCUACGUCAUCACCCUCCCCGCUCAGAUCCUCUCUCCCGAUGAUCAGCUGUACAUCGUGGCUGAAGAUCAGGCUGCCUUCCUGGACUGCAGGAACUUUGGAGCGCCGAGGCCAGAUGUGACCUGGUCCCGCGAUGGUAAAGACUCGUUCUCCAUCUUGGAGGACCCGCGCUUCUCCCUCUACACUAACGGGACCUUGCACAUCAUCUCUGCCUCUCGAGAGGACAGCGGGCAGUUCAUCUGCACCGCGAACCCCGAGUCAGACAACAUCUCUAUCAGCGCCACCCUGGAGAUCCGCAAUAAGACGGUGAUCCUGGUCCCGCCUCGUGAUCAGAGGGUGCCCCGAGGACGCACGGCCGAGUUCAGCUGUAAAGCGCGGUACGACAGCCGCCACUUCCAGUCCAAGCAGCCAGACCCCAUGUGGAGGAGAGACGGAAACAAGAUCGCAGAGACAGCCGACAGCAGCAAGUACGUGUUUGACGGUCACAAGCUGGUUAUCGAUGAGGUGGAGGAGCAGGAUCAGGGUGUGUACACCUGCAUCGCAGCCUCCCCCAUCGACUCCGAUGAGGCCAGUGGCAGACUCCUGGUCCUGGAUGUUCCGGACCCCCCAAUCGACCUCGUGCUCUCGGACCCCCAGGAUCGCAGCGUUGUUCUGUCCUGGACCCCCGCCAACGACCACAACAGCCCCAUACUGGAGUAUGUGAUCGAGUACUCGACGAUGCUCAAUCAGGGUGUGUGGAGUGAGCUGACGAGAGUGAACGAGAGCCAGACUUCCGCGUUGCUCGACCUCUUCCCCUUCCUGAAGUACCGGUUCCAGGUCAUCGCUGUCAACGAACUGGGAAACAGCAGAGCCAGCCAGCCGUCGGACUCUCUCGAAACACCUGCCGCAGCUCCAGACAGUAACCCAACUGGAGUGAGAGGAGAGGGGAACCAGACUGAUAACAUGAUCAUCCACUGGGAGCCCAUCAGGCAGCUGCAGUGGUGUGGACCUGGGUUCAAGUACCAGGUUUUGUGGCGGCAGGCUGGCGAGUCGGAGUGGCACGAGGCGUACACUGAGUCCCCCGUGUUCGUGGUGACGGGGAGCCCCCCCUUCACCCCCUAUCACAUCAGAGUGAGGGCCGUCAACGAGAGGGGCCCAGGACCCGAGCCAGACACCGUCACAGGGUACUCAGGAGAGGACUUACCUCUCUCCAGUCCUCUGAAUGUAGCGGUGGAGUUUCUCACUCGCACCCUUGUCAAUGUGACCUGGAGCCCCGUCCCCAGAGAGAGUGUGAGGGGCCACCUGAAAGGAUACAAGGUUCAUUGCUGGCGGUCCCGCACUCUGCAGGAGAGACCGAAGCGCCACGCCUCCGACCGCUUCUCCCUCAGCGUGGCGGGGGGGCAGAGCCACGCCCUGCUCUCCGGCCUGCAGCCCUUCAGCAUCUACUACCUGGAAGUGAGCGUCUUCAACGGGAGAGGAGAGGGACCGGCCAGCGAGCCGCUGAGAUUCGACACACCCGAGGGGGUCCCCGGCCCCCCUGCCUCUCUCACCCUGGACAGCCCCUCAGAGUCACUGUUGAUUCUGCAGUGGCAGCCCCCCCUGCAGCCCAACGGGAACCUGAUUGGAUAUGACCUUCACUACCAGCAGAUUAACGAAUCAGGGAACAGUCACCUGACCGACGUGGAGUUCAAGCCGCACGAGUUGAACUGGACCGUGCUGGAAGUGGACCCGCGCAGCCUGUACCGGUUCUACCUGAAAGCGCGCACGAGCGCCGGGGCAGGGCCGCACAUCUUUGUUGAGGGCUCUGCCCUGCUGGAGGGAGCCCUGCCCAAGUUGGAAAACAUCAGCAUGGUCUCUGGAAAGACAUACUCUAAUAUCAGCUGGGUCCCGCAGGAGGGCUACAGGGGCGUGGAGUUUCAAAUUCAAUACCUCAACAAACACAGGUCUAACAGUCCCUGGCAGGUUCUGGAGAAGGUGAGCUCAACCCAGUCCUUCUAUCAGAUCCAGAACCUGGAGCCCGGGACAAGUUACCGGGUCCGAUUUACCGUCAAGAACAGAACGGCUGAAGUGAGCUUCUGGGAGCACAGCAUCCAGACUGCUGGCCCAGUCCUCUCUGAGCUCCACGGUGGGUUUGCGACGCAGGGCUGGUUCAUCGGGCUGAUCAGCGCUGUGGUUCUUUUGCUGCUCAUUCUUCUCAUUGGCUGCUUCAUCAAGAGGAGCAGAGGGGGCAAAUACUCUGUGAAGGACAAGGAGGAAGGACAGGUGGAUUCAGAAGCCCGGCCAAUGAAGGACGAGACGUUUGGAGAAUACAGAUCUCUGGAAAGUGAGAACGAGGAGAAGCCCGACUCCGGCAGCCAGACCUCGAUCAUCGCGGAUCUGAAGCCCCUGGGCAGCGACGACAGCCUGGCUGGCUAUGGGGGCAGCGUGGACGUGCAGUUCAACGAGGACGGCUCCUUCAUCGGCCAGUACAGCGGGAAGAAAGAGCCCAGCACAGCUGCGGGCCAGGGGAGCUCGGGGCCCGCCUCCCCAGUGAACCCCCCGCCCACCGCAGGGCCCCUGGAGUUCCAACCCCUAGCGUCGGGGAGCAGGGGGGGGGGGCACAACUUCUGA